AUUAUUGGUUCAUGUGAAGUAUAUUAGUAUAAGAACCGAAUGUGAAGAGCUUUUCUUUGUCAGUAGCGGUCAAAUUAUAAAUGUGUAAACAACUUGUUGCGCGAAAUUGUCUUGAAACGUGUAUUAACCACAGAAGAUGGCACACAUUCUUUCCAUUGUAAUAUUCGUACAUUUUGCAAUGUUUAAUUGCCUAAAAGAGACAAGGUUUCAAGGUUAUCAGUACGGUAGGCCACCGUCACGCAUUUUAGGAGCGAAUUCUACAACAACAGUCUUACUGCCAAACGGGAUACAUAAACAGCAAGCAAUUGCAAGCCAUCUUUUAGGCGAAGCGCCAGCGUACGAUGAGCAUCGAAAUAAAACUUUCGUAGGCAACCCAUGCGCGGAAUGCGCUUGUGGCAUUCCUAACGUUAAUCGUAUAGUGGGUGGCGAUAAAGUGCGAAACCACAAGUAUCCAUGGAUAGCUCAGUUAGUGAAAGGUUCCACUCAGUUUUGCGGCGCCAGUGUUAUUAAUGAUCGUUACCUCUUGACUGCAGCGCAUUGCGUCCCGUCUAAAAAGAACAUUUAUAUACGUUUAUUAAAAUUGGAUAAAAAUUCCCGGCAAGACGGCAUUAUAAGAAGAGUGUCAUCAGUUCACGUGCAUCGCAGCUUCAGUCACGCCACUUUGCAGAAUGACAUAGCUCUAUUAAAAUUGGAGACGCCGUUGCUCUUCAAAAAGCAACUGAGACCGGUUUGCUUGCCUUCCAGUUCGGAGCAGAAUUUCGAUUUUAGACAGGGAAUUGUUGCUGGUUGGGGUUUAAAAUCCGAGGACGGUCUACCUUCUAAUUACCUGCAAGAAGUUACGGUACCGAUUAUCACGAAUAGUCAAUGCCGAGCCACUUCCUACCGAGAUAUGAUCGUCGAGACAAUGUUAUGUGCCGGUUACCCAAAAGGUGGCAAAGAUGCCUGUCAGGGUGACAGUGGUGGCCCCCUAAUGGUGCGAGAUGGUUCGACCGUUUUCCGUUUAGCCGGCAUAGUUUCUUAUGGUUACGGUUGCGCCGCACCAAACACUCCCGGCGUUUAUACGCGUGUUAGCAAAUAUUUGGAUUGGAUUUCAAGCAAGACACAAGAUGCAUGCUAUUGUAGCAAAUAAAAAUAAAUUUCAAAAAUCUCUAUAGAAUAAUGAUCGCAAUAAUUUUAUUUUAACACAUACCUCAAAUAAAGAACAAUCAUAUUUCCUGUUGUACGCAUAGAAUGUAAUAAAGAUGCUUAAGUAAGCUACAAUACAUAUACACA